GUUUUACCCUUAACUCAUGCCAUCACGAUAAAGAAUGUAGUACCAUAUUGUGCCAAAUUCGGUAAGCGGUGUCAAUGGUACUGCCGGGGUUUUCAUUCCCACAUAAUCUUUUCGAGUCAGAACCCGUCGAUAAAGCCUUACCCCGCGGCAGAGUUAUAUAGACCCUGCUUCAACCACCCCGUUUAGGGCUCUUUACUUAAGUUUGCAACACGGCAGACUAUUUAUUAAGAGCCAUGGCAGCCGCUGCUGCUUCUGCAGCUGCGCUCGACCCGAGCAACGGCACCAAGAACACUCUGAAGCUCGAAAAUACCGAGAAGAGAGACACCCUCAUCGCUAUCGAGAAAAAAUACCAGGCACAAUGGAAGGAGAACAGGGUUUUCGAGGUCGAUGCCCCUUCCUUCUCGGAGGUUCCUGAGGGCUCCAUGUCCGCCGCGGAGCUCCGUGCGAAGUAUCCCAAGUUUUUCGGAACUAUGGCUUAUCCUUACAUGAACGGUACCCUGCAUGCAGGCCACAGUUUCACCGCUAGCAAGGUCGAAUUUAUGGCCGGUGUUGCCCGUAUGGAGGGUAAGAGGGCUCUUUUCCCUCUUGGAUUCCAUUGCACUGGUAUGCCUAUCAAGGCAUGCGCGGAUAAGCUCAGGGAUGAGGUUGCCAAAUUCGGACAGAACUUUGAGGGCUAUAAGGAGGAGGAUGAGGAGGAGGAGAAGGCCCCAGCUGCCCCCACUCAAGAAGUCAAGAACGAGCAACAAGAGAAGUUCUCUGGAAAGAAGAGCAAGGCCGCCGCUAAGACCGUGAAGAUGAAGUACCAGUUCCAGAUUAUGUUGGCCAUUGGCAUUCCUUUGGAGGAUAUCCAUAAGUUCGCCGACGCUGAUUACUGGCUCCAGCAUUUCCCUCCUCUGGCCAUUCGUGAUCUUGACAGCCUGGGCGCAAGAAUUGACUGGCGCCGUCAGUUCGUCACCACUGAUGCGAACCCUUACUACGAUGCCUUUGUGCGCUGGCAAAUGAACCGCCUUCAUGAACUGGGUAAGAUCCAGUACGGUAGCCGGUACACCAUCUACUCCCCCAAGGACGGACAGCCUUGCAUGGACCACGACCGGACUAAGGGUGAAGGUAUCGGACCCCAGGAAUAUACCGCCAUGAAGUUGAAGGUGAAGGAAUGGGCCCCACAGGUUGCUGAGCUUGUUAAGGGCAAGAUCGAGGACGAUGCUAGUGUGUACUUCGUUCCUGCUACUCUGCGCCCGGAGACUAUGUACGGUCAGACUUGCUGCUUCCUUGGCCCUAAGAUUAACUAUGGUAUCUUCAAGGUGAAUGAGAAGGAGUACUAUGUUUGCACUAAGAGGGCUGCUUGGAACAUGGCUUUCCAGGGUACUUUCUUCAGCAGUGACAAUUUCCCCAAGUCUCAGGAUCAGUUGCCGCUCGUCGUGGAGGCUCCGGGAUCCGCCUUCGUUGGUACCCUCGUUAACGCCCCGCUUUCGUUCCACACCGAGGGCGUGCGCAUUCUGCCUAUGGAGGGUGUAUCUGCCACCAAGGGUACUGGUGUCGUCACUUCCGUGCCCUCUGACAGCCCUGACGAUUAUGCUACUUUGGCCGAUCUUGCUAAGAAGCCUGAUUACUAUGGCAUCAAGAAAGAAUGGGCUGAGUUGGAGAUAUUCCCUCUUAUUGAGACUCCAACAUAUGGCAACCUUACUGCCCCAGCCCUUGUCAAGCAGCUUAAGAUCAACUCCCCCAAGGAUGUCACCCAGCUAGCAAAGGCCAAGGAAUUGGCUUACAGUGAAGCUUUCUACAAGGGUACUAUGGUUGUGGGCGAAUUCAAGGGCGAGCCUGUGAGCGCUGCUAAGGACAAGAUCCGGCAGGCUCUUUAUAAGAACGGCGAAGCCUUCCCAUUCGCCGACCCCAUGGGAGAAGUUGUCAGCAGAAGUGGAGAUGACUGUGUGGUUGCUUACCUCGGCCAAUGGUUCCUAAACUACGGGGAGAACGAUGCCAAGUGGCAACAGGAUACCCUAAGUCACGUCGUGAACACCCUCAACACAUACACCAACGAGACGAAGAAUGGUUUCGAGAAGAACCUCGACUGGCUCAACCGCUGGGCUUGUGCGAGAACCUAUGGUUUGGGCUCUAAGCUACCAUGGGAUCCUCAGUUCCUCGUGGAGAGUUUAAGUGACAGCACUGUAUACAUGGCCUACUACACCAUUGCUCACUUGCUGCACGGUGAUCGGUACGGUGAGACCACCGGUCCCCUGAAUGUGAAGGCUGAUCAGAUGAUCGAUGAGGUCUGGGACUAUAUCUUCACAAGACGCGAGAUUAGCGAUGAGCUGGUCGCAAAGAGCGGGAUCAGCAAGGAAGCAUUGCAGCAGAUGCGGAGAGAGUUUGAAUACUGGUACCCGCUGGAUGUAAGAGUUUCCGGAAAGGACCUCAUCCAGAACCACUUGACCUUCUUCCUCUACAUCCAUGUUGCCCUCUUCCCGCCAGAGUACUGGCCUCGUGGUGUUCGCGCGAAUGGACAUCUACUCCUUAACGGUGAUAAGAUGAGCAAGAGUACCGGUAACUUCCUCACAUUGAAGGACAGUGUUGACAAGUUCGGUGCCGACGCAACUCGUAUUGCGUUCGCCGAUGCUGGUGACGGUAUUGAGGAUGCCAACUUCGAUGAAACCGUUGCUAACAGUAACAUUCUGAGAUUGCACACCCUCAAGGAAUGGGUCGAGGAGAUCGCCAAGGAUGAGUCUCUGCGCACUGGCCCCGCUGAUGCGUUCUGGGACAAGAUCUUUGACAACGAAAUAAAUGGCCUGGUCCGUGAGGCCGUGAAGCACUACCAAGACACCGAUUUCAAGCUUGCCCUGAAGUCUGGCCUGUACGACAUGAUUAGCGCCCGUGAUGCCUACCGUGAAUCGGCGACAUCGGCAGGCGUUGGAAUGCACCGUGACAUCGUCCUGCGUUACAUCGAGCUGCAAGCCCUCCUGUUGGCCCCCAUUGCACCUCACUGGGCUGAAUAUGUUUGGCUUGAGAUUUUGAAGAAGCCCGAAACCGUGCACAACGCUCUUUUCCCCCAAGUUCCCGAGCAAUCCCCAGAGCUGACGGCCAUCACAACCUAUGUCCGCACCACUUCCUCUAGCAUCACCUCUGCCGAGGCUCAGCUUGCUAAGAAGGCCUCUAAGGGCAAGAAUACCGGCUACGACCCCCGUAAGCCCAAGAAGCUCACAAUCUACGCUGCGAAGAAAUACCCCUCGUGGCAGGAGAAGUACAUCGACCUGGUCCGCGAGGCCUUCGAUGGCCUCAACCUCUCGGUCAACGACAAGGAGCUGAAUGCCAAGGUUGGCAAGAUGGGUGAGAUGAAGAAGGCUAUGCCCUUCGUUCAGACCCUGAAGAGGCGCCUUAUUCAGGGCCGCGAGGAGCCCGAGACUGUCUUCAGCCGGAAGCUGCCUUUCGAUGAGUUCGCUGUCCUGAAGGAGAUGAUUGUUAACCUGCAGAAGACCACUGGCUGCAAGGUGAUUGAGGUCAUCGCUGUGGAUGAGGGUGGUAAGACUGGCGAGGUCCUGGGCUCUGGCGAGAAGAAGGAGGGUCUCUCCGCGGAAAACGCCGUCCCCGGUCAACCCACCUUCCAGUUUGUCAACAUUGAAGAGAGCAACUGAAAGAGAUGAUCAUACAUAUCUAGACUCAUCCUGUGAAAGAACUAUAAAUAUCUAUUUUAAAGAGAAUAUGAAGAAUGCAAUGGUUGUUAUGACAUGGUUUAAA